GGCUACAACUUCAUCAUCUUCUCUUGGUCUGAGACCUUUCUGCAUGCUUUUGGUUCUGUGCAUUUUUGGUCGCAGGUUAGUCCAUGCAGAAAGUGAUCCACAUUUAACGUUGGAUUACUACCAGAAAACCUGCCCUUCUGUGCUUGGGUUAGUGAGGAAAGAAAUGGAGUGUGCUGUCCUGUCUGAUCCUCGAAACGCCGCCUUGAUCUUGAGGUUGCACUUUCAUGACUGCUUUGUUCAGGGUUGUGAUGGAUCGGUUUUGUUGGAUGAUACGGUGACACUAAAAGGAGAAAAGGGAGCUCCGGAGAACAAAGAUGCAUUGAAAGGGUUCAGAAUUAUUGACAAGAUUAAGAGCCGGAUUGAAUCUGAAUGUCCGGGGAUUGUGUCAUGUGCUGACAUUCUUACUGUUGCAGCUAGAGAUGCAGUCCUUUUGGUUGGUGGACCUUAUUGGGAUGUUCCUUUAGGUAGGAAAGACUCAAAGAAUGCUGGAUAUGAACUUGUUGAGACAAAUAUUCCAACUGCUGAUGAAUCCCUUGCCUCUAUUAUUACCAAGUUUCUUUCUCAAGGACUUUCCAUUACUGACAUGGUGGCUCUUUCAGGUGCCCACACCAUUGGGAUGGCAAGAUGUGUGAACUUCAGGGCAAGAGUAUACGGAAAUCUCCCAUUCACACUAAACCAAGCCUCCGACACAUACCUUAACAACAUCAAAACCAUGUGCCCUGCUGUCGACGAUGGGCACAGCAACAACAAUGAAUCUUCCAUGGAUUAUGUCACCCCCAAUCUCUUCGACAACUCCUACUACAACUUACUGCUAAACAAAGAGGGGCUCUUGAACUCGGAUCAAGCUCUGUAUUCUAGCUAUCUCCCUGCGGGAACAAGCAAGAUUGUGGAGAGAUAUGCCGGCGAUUUGAAGGCGUUUUUCGAUCAGUUUGCAGAGUCUAUGGUGAAGAUGGGGAAUAUUACGAACCAGGAGAGUUAUAGUGAUGGAGAAGUUAGGAAGAAUUGCAGGUUUGUGAACACAUAGUUGGAGUUUGAUGGCUGCAACAUAUAUGUGUAAUAUCAAUUGAAGAUACACAUCUUUGGAUUUGUGGUUUUAUAAAGUAUUAAUUCAUUUUCCGAAUAUUAAGUUUAGUAUUGAUAUAUGGUAUGAAAUUCAUUGUGAAUUAAUUCAUUUAGAGUGUUUGGUAAGA